AUGGCGGGCAAGAUGGUUCUGUACAAGCUGGUGGUGCUUGGAGACGGUGGUGUCGGCAAGACUGCAUUAACAAUUCAGCUGUGCUUACAACACUUCGUCGAGACUUACGAUCCCACAAUCGAGGAUUCCUAUCGGAAACAGGUCGUCAUUGAUGGCCAAGCAUGCAUGCUGGAAGUGCUAGACACAGCUGGCCAAGAGGAAUACACAGCAUUGCGCGAUCAAUGGAUUAGGGACGGCGAGGGCUUCGUACUAGUAUACAGCAUAUCGUCGCGGUCGUCCUUUUCACGAAUCAAGAGGUUUCAUCACCAGAUUCAAAGAGUCAAGGAAUCUGUCAGCUCAUCGCCCACCUAUCCUGGCUCGCCGAUUGCCGCUGCUGCCCCGUCACCCAACGUGCCCAUCAUGCUUGUCGGCAACAAAAGCGAUCGGGUAACCGAGCGCGAGGUCUCAACACAGGAGGGACACGCUCUGGCGCGCGAACUGGGUUGCGAAUUCGUCGAGGCCUCGGCCAAGAACUGCAUCAACGUGGAAAAGGCCUUCUAUGACGUGGUGCGGAUACUACGCAGGCAGCGCCAGGCUGCCGCGAGACCAAUGGCACCUACGAGGGGCAGCAAGGAGAACGGAACCCAUCAGACCUCGGGGAAGAAGCCGGGCAGACGAGGCGAAAAGAGCAGCGGCCGCUGUGUCGUCUUAUAA